CCACCGGACACUCCUAUGCUCUCGUCUGUCCAAAGCUCGGCGUAAGGAGAGAUCGCCGAGUUGCCCUCCUCCCUCUGCGCCGGCGUUGGAAGCAGUCUGCGACCCCAGGCUUGUCAGGCAGCCAACUUUUCCCAACUCGUCUGCGCUAGCCAUCCUCUUCCAGUCCCCCCCCCCACAAUGGCCAUGCUUGAGCAGCUCCCACCGCCUCCACCCCACCAGGGCUCGUCCACCAGUGGCAGCCGGCUCAAGCGCAGCAGCAACAGCAGCAGUAGCCAGCAGAGCGGGGGCAACUCGGCAGCCCGCAGUCCCAAGUCGAGCCCUUUGGCGCAAACUGCAUCGGGUAAGAUGCACUUUGCCACCCUGCAAGCACCCCAGUGCCCCGUCGUCCACCACGCUCCUUCGCAGCCCCUGCCGCCGGGUCACCCACCGACGCAUUCAGCACCCGCCUCAUCGCUCAAGCCACCGUUCGCCGAGCGCUGCGUCUUCUACCGCACGCCAGAAGACCUUGCGUCUACGCCACCCAUCUCGCGCUCCGGCAGCGAUACAGACCUCAUCAAGAGCGCGCGCAACGGCCAGCUCGUCUCGCACGCCGAGUACCUCAAAGAGCACGCCAACGUGCGCCCGCUGAGGCAAGGCGAGUCGCUCGAACUCGACCCCCAGCACAGCUUGGUCCUCGCCAGUCGCAACUCCCAGCUGGCGCUCAUCCAGUCGAGCCAUGUGCACAGCAUGCUUGAAGCCAGGUACGGCCGGUCUAGUCCGCUCUUCCAUGCCGCCAGCACCAGCAGUAGUAAAGGUGUGCAUAGCGAAGAGGCGCUCAAGGUGCUCUCACAAAAUAUCUCCGCACUGGAACUGCAGCAGCCGUGCCAUUUCCCCAUCACCUCCAUGUCCACCGCCGGCGACCAGAACCAGCGCUCGCCGCUGUACGUCAUUGGCGGAGAGGGCAAGGCGAUCUGGACCAAAGAGCUCGAGGUGGCACUCAAGGCUGGUGCAGUCGAUGCCAUCGUGCACUGCUUGAAAGACGUACCCACAACCUUGCCCGACGGACUGGAGAUCGCUGCUAUUCUUGAGCGAGAGGAUCCGAGGGAUGCAUUGGUCAUGAAGGAUGGUCUACCAUACAGGACCCUCGACGAGCUUCCACCAGGUUCUGUGAUCGGCACAUCUUCUGUGCGCCGCGUCGCGCAGCUGCGCAGUCGCUACCCCAAGUUGGUCUUCAGCGACGUGCGCGGCAACAUCAACACCCGCCUCGCCAAGCUGGACUCGCCCACGGGCCCGUACACGGCGCUGAUCCUCGCCGCGGCGGGCCUACACCGCCUGUCCUUCGAGACGCGCAUCACCGCGUACCUCUGCCCGCCGGUGCUGUAUUACUCGGUCGGCCAAGGCUCGCUCGCGAUCGAGGUACGCUCCCCACCGCCCGGAGCAACUUCCGCGAACAAUCGUGACAAGCGUAUCGCGCAGAUCAUCGCCACCAUUGGCUGCUGGAAGUCGACGUGGAGAUGCGAGGCGGAGCGCGCGCUGCUCCGCACGCUAGAAGGAGGCUGCAGCAUCCCCGUCGGCGUUGACACGUGGAUCGGAGACGAGACGGAAGAGCAGAGGCGGAUGGCUACGACGAGGAUAGCGAAGAAGGAGAAGAGCAGCAGCGCCGAUGAUGAAGACGACCUGCUGGUGGAAGGACACCGCAUGAAUGAAUUGGCGGUCCCAGCGACCACGAACGAGUCGUCUCGCUCAGGCAUCGAGCGCCUCGAGACGAGUGCAAAAGAAGCUGCAGACGCCGAAGCCAGAGGUACAGACCCCGCCGAUUCUGCGCCCUCGGACCUGCCGCGUCUGCCGACAACCGAGAGCGUCUCUCUCGACGACCUCGCGACACCCCCGCCUUCGACGACAGGCGCGCGGCUGCACCUCUCCGCAAACGUCGUCUCUCUCGACGGGACGCGCCGCUCACACGCGUACCUCUGCGCGGUCUGCCGCUCGUCCGCAGACGCCGCGCGACUCGGCGAACAGGUCGCGCAGGUGCUCAUUGACGACCAGGGCGCGCGCGCGAUCCUCGACGAGGUCGAGCGGCACCGCGCGCUCGCCGAGGCUGCAGACCAGCGCAGGCGCGCAGCGCGCGCAGAGCGCCUGCGCCAGAUCGACGCUGAUGCCGCCACCGCGCCGUUAGCGGUGGCCGACGGGGGCAGCGCGCUGCGCAAUAAUCCUGUCGGCGAGGAGCAGCACAAGCUUAUGCACGUCAUCGGUCUCUCGGACUUGAAGGGCAGCGGCAGCGAACGGCAGAACGGCAAUGGCCCGCACCCGACGCUGCUGCCGCCGCUUAUCAAUGGCAACGGCGGGCUCGGCUACGGCGAAGGCAUCGCCAGUGGCGAGGUGGACAGAAGGGGCGUCCAGCGCGACGAUGGGCAGCCUAAGGCGUGGGAGGUAUAAUCGCGUUGUCCCCUCCCCCCCACACAUCCUUGCCCCUCGUUUUCUGUCAUUCGUGUCAAACUUGUACUUUGUGGCUCCUGCUUCCGCUACUUGGGAAUUGAGUAUAUGUGCCUUUCGAAUUGGUACAACUAUUGGCUAUGUGCGGGUCCUGUUUUACACGCUAUGGUGUUCGCUGUUCUACUCAUUGGUGAAAAGAGC